AUGGUUCGAAGACGCAUCGCGUGCGCGCUGCUGCUGCACCUCCUCGGCUGCAGCGCGGCCGAGGACCUCGGCGUCGGCCUGCCGCAGCAGUGGCUGCGGUCGAGCGGCCCCAUCGCGCGCCAUCGGCCCGGCGGCUCCGCCUCAUUCACGGUCGUCGACGCCCACGCGUCGGAGGACACGCUCUUCAUCCAGGGCGUGACGACGCGCUUCAACACGCAGCAGCAGUACAAGAAGCGGAGCGUCGCCGACUGGUUCGCCUGCGACUUCGCCUCCGGCGCGGCGAACGCGACCGUCGCGGCGACGAAGGCGUCGCUGAACCCCGCGCACCUCGCGGACGCGACGACGUGCGCGCUAAUCGAGUGCCCGCUGCCGGCGCCCUGCUUCGACGGCACCGUGACGCUCCGCGUCUCGGGCCCGGCGGCGGCGGUCAUCCCGGGCAUCCGCGUGACGCCGUCCGCGGCCUGCGGCGCGCCUCCCACCCCGUCGGGUUCGGGCGACCUCGCGUACUGCCUCGCGCCCGUCUUCGGCACGAACUUGAACGCGGCACUCCUCAUCGAGUGGCUCGAGUACCACGUGGCCCUCGGCUUCGACCGCAUCCACUUCUACAACAUGAUGGGCGACCGGGCGGCGCCGGACACGCGGGCGGUGCUCGCGCGCUACGUCGCGCGCGGCUACGUCGUCAACCACGACUGGUCCAUGGCGGCGAACCCGGGCCCGCUCUGGGCGAACCCGAAAGCCGAGCGCCAGGCCGUCGUCAUGUCCGCCGGGGCCGCGUCCUUUUCGUACGCGCAGUCCGUCGCGCUCUACGACUGCUACCUCCGGGAGCACACGAGCAACCCCGGCGCGUCGGCGGCGUCGGCGCGGGCCCACGGGCCGAGUGACUGGGUCUGGUACGGCGACGUCGACGAGGUCGCGGUCGUGCCGCUUGUCGAGGCGCGAAAGAAGCAGAACCUCAAGGCGCUCAUGGCCGAGCUCCCGGCGAAGACCAAGUACAUCAUCCACAACAGCCUCAUCACCAUGUUCGAGAAGGCGCAGGCGCCGCGGAUGGCGCCCGCGCCGCUGCUCCUGUCCGUCGUCCGCGAGCGCGCGACGAAGUCCGCGCCGGGCCCGCCCAUGCGGGCGCACACGAAGUGGUGCGCGCGGUCCCGGGGCUUCGGGAGCCUCCACCCGCUCUUCCUGAGCGUGCACUGCCCCAUCGCGGACCUCGGCGCGCCGGCGACGGCCGGGCCCAAGGGCUGGCCCUUCCUCGGCGACGCGCGCAUCCGCGUCGAGCACUUCUUCCACAACCACUACAUGAACAACCCGCCGCGCAAGGCGGAGAUGAAGAAGGGCGCGAAGAUCAUGCGCGACAUCAAGUUCCGCGACGAGGCGCCGGACAAGAUCCUCAACGGCUUCGCCGUCGACGCGGCCGCGCGCGGCCUCGCGGGCCUCGGCCCGGCGCUCACGCGCGUCUACGACUGCUGGCGGGACCGGCUCCACCGCGAGCAGUUCGCCGCCGGCGCCAGGCUCCACAACUUCCUCUUCCUCGUCGACGGCCAGAGCGCCUGCGCCAACAGCACGCGGCCGCCGCCGUGGCGCCGGGGCGCGACGAGGAGCCUGCUCUCCGGGGCACGAGUUGGCUUGGACAAGGCCGAGAGCGACGAGACGCGCAGGCCCGCCGUGUCGCCGACGACACACCCGACGAGCAUGCGGCGCGUGUCCGUGGGCACGCUCCUGGGCCGUCGCGAGGAGGACGCGUGGGCCCGCGAACAGCCGACGGAACGGCUCGCGCUGGAGCCGCUGGGGCAGCUCCCGCGGGUCUCGGCGGGGCAGCCCAAGGCGCCCGUGCAGCGGUCGGUCCGACUGCCCGGCACGCCCAUCGACGCGGGACGCGGCGCGCCGCUCCGCGACCGCGGCGACUUCCCCGACGCCGGCGGCGACGUCCCCGACGCCGGCGGCGACGUCCCCGGCCGCUCGCCGAAGGCCCCGCCGCGCGUGUCGACGGAUUUCCCGGCCGCCGACGGCGCGCCGCCCGCGCCGACCCUGCUCGACUGCUCGCCGCUGCCGAGGCUCGACGGCCACGACGCGCUCGACACGGCGCUGGACGAGUUCGAGGAGAUCCUGGGCCACGUGCGGCGCGGCAACGACAAGCUCAAGAAGACCGCGGCGAAGGCGCGGCGCAAGUCGCUGAACCUCGAGUCGCGCACGAGCGACGCGCUGCCCGACGCCUUCGGGUCCCGGAGCGCGGGCAGCCUCGGCGAGCUCCCGUCCGUGAAGAAGCUGCGCCGCGAGCGCCGCAAGCCCGCGCCGGUCCUGUCGUCCCUCCACGAGCUCGAGCGCGAGCGGGCCGCGUUCGAGGAGUCGACCGCGGAGCUCGAGAAGCUCGUCGGCGCCGCGCAGACCGUCCUGCUCGCGAGCUAA